AUGCGUGCACAGCACCUCAGUGUUCGCACCAAGUUUGAACAGUCAGAUGCUGGUCGCAUCUACACCAAGUUUGAUUUCAUGCCAAGUCCAGGUAACCAUUUUUUUAAGCAUAAAAACACGUGGAUCAAAGUUGAGAGAAAUCGAGAGAAGACGAUGGGCGAUUUCACAACAGGGACACCAUUUGAGACAGUGUCUCUUACAGCCAUCGGACAGAAUCGAGAUUUAUUUUUUAAUAUUCUUGAAGAGGCUCGAGCGAUUGCUUUACAAGAACAAGAGGGAAAGACAGUUAUGUAUACGCCAAUGGGUUCAGAAUGGCGCCAAUUUGGAUAUCCAAAGAAAAAACGACCACUAAGUUCUGUGGUUUUAGAUGCUGGCAUCUCUGAGCAGAUAAUGACAGAUGUAAAAGAAUUCAUUGGAAAUGUCAAAUGGUAUACAGAUAGGGGCAUUCCCUACCGCAGGGGGUAUCUUCUGCAUGGACCGCCAGGUUGUGGAAAGAGUAGCUAUAUAGUUGCACUUGCAGGAGAAUUGGACUAUCAUAUUUGUGUGAUGAACCUCAGUGAACGUAGUUUGACAGAUGAUCGUCUCAAUCACCUCCUGACAGUGGCUCCGGAGCAGAGCAUUAUCCUGUUGGAAGAUAUUGAUGCAGCCUUUGUGAGUCGAGAUUUAGCUGUGGAAAACCCAGCAGCAUAUCAAGGAUUUGGUCGAUUGACAUUUAGUGGGCUGCUCAAUGCACUUGAUGGUGUUGCAUCUGCUGAAGGUAGAAUUGUGUUUAUGACAACAAAUUAUUUGGAAAGACUUGAUUCUGCCCUUAUACGACCAGGUCGAGUGGAUGUCUUACUUUCAUAUUUUGUCAUCUCUUAUCAACAUGGCAAAAAUUUAUGA